GCGCCACUAGCUAACUGCUCAACAGCAGAUCUCUGGUUGCCGGCUAGUGUCGUUCGUUGGUGUUGCUGAGACUGUAGUCAGAUUAGUGUUGUAACAUACAGUUUGUACUGUCAUAGUAAUCAACUUAUGCCAUAAUGGUACCGCGGAAAAGAAUUGUUGAUCUCAUAAAUGUCAUAACAAAUGCUUCCAACAAAUGUCCAGCCCACUCUCACACUGGGCCCUGUGGAUUUUCACACUCCCACUCUACAGCCAAUCCCCCUGCUUCAAAGGAAUACGCUUUUGAGAUGGCAUGUUCUACCAUCCGAUACGGAAUGGGCGUCACUCAAGAAGUUGGAAUGGACUUUGUCAACAUGAAAGCAAAAAAAGUGUGUGUGAUGACAGAUCCUCACCUGAGCAAACUGCCAGCUGUCAAAACCGCUUUGGACGCUCUGGCCAGGCAGAAUCUAGACUACGAACUGUAUGACAGAGUUCGUGUGGAACCAACAGAAACUAGUUUUGCAGAUGCAACCAAGUUUGCGAAAGAGGGAGGGUUUGAUGCUUUUCUGGCUGUUGGGGGAGGCUCUGUCAUGGACACCUGCAAAGCUGCUAACCUCUACAGCUGUGAUCCUGGAGCUGAGUUCUUAGACUAUGUCACCCCUCCCAUAGGGAAGGGCAAGCCCAUCACUAUCCCUCUAAAACCUCUGAUAGCAGUCCCAACAACAUCGGGUACUGGCAGUGAGACAACGGGGGUGAGUAUUUUUGACUAUGAACCGCUUAAGGCCAAGACUGGGAUUACUAACAGAGCUCUGCGCCCGACCCUGGGACUUGUGGAUCCUGUGCACACCCUCUCACUGCCAGAGAAGGUCUGCACAUACAGUGGGUUUGACGUGUUCUGUCAUGCACUGGAGUCGUUCACAGCCAUUCAUUAUACUGAACGCUCACCUCGCCCUACCAACCCCAUCCUGCGACCUGCCUACCAGGGACAGAACCCCAUUUCUGAUGUUUGGGCACGCUUUGCCCUCCAAGUGAUUAAGAAAUACUUCAAAAGAGCAGUGUACCAGCCUGAUGACCUUGAAGCUCGGUCCAACAUGCACCUGGCCUCCACCAUGGCAGGAGUGGGGUUCGGUAACGCAGGGGUUCACCUGUGCCAUGGCCUCUCUUACCCAAUCUCUGGCAAUUGUAAGACCUUCCAGCCUAAGGACUAUAGCACUGAUCAUCCCAUGAUCCCACACGGUCUGUCAGUAGUCAUGUGUGCUCCGGCAGUGUUCAAAUUCAUUGGAACUGCUUGUCCAGAGCGUCACCUCGAGGCUGCAGAGAUUCUUGGUGCUGAUAUCUCCAAUGCCAAAAAAGCUGAUGCAGGUGCCAUACUAGCAGACACUAUACUAGGCUACAUGCAUGUGAUGAAGGUGGAAAAUGGUCUCUCAGAGCUAGGGUACUCCAAGUCAGACAUUCCUGCGCUGGUAAAGGGUACACUGCCUCAGGACCGUAUGACAAAACUAGCACCCAGAGAACAAAGUGAAGAGGACUUAGCUCAGCUCUUCGAAAAUUCUUUAUCAGUUUACUAACCAGGAAGUUAUAGCCUUCCUCACAUGGGUGUAUAUAAGGGCGGGCUCAGGGACCCCUCCCCCCAAAAGUUUUGAAAGACAGACAUUAAAAUUGCUCCCAGUAAUAUUUUUAAGCUAGGACACAUUUAGAGAUCUUAAAGCUCAAUACUUUCCAGGUAGAAUAUUCCCUAGCUCAUGUUUUUGGAGGGCAUUUUAAACCUUCUAAAUUACCAAAUGUGUCAGCCCCUCUGAAAUAAUUUGUUAUAUAUCCCAUCACGUCUCCUCAGGGCCAUGUGGAAUUUCAUAUCUACUUUUUUAAGGGAUGUUUGUGGUUCAAGGACCUUAUUAUCUCAUCAUAUAUUUGACAUAAGCAGUGUCAUUAUCUAUCUAUAAUAAUAAUAAUGACAUUAUCUAUAAUAAUAUAUUAUAUUUUCAUUUAACACAGUUAAAGGUUAUGCUCUAAUAUAUUCCAAAAUAUUAGAAUAUUUUAAUAGAUUCAUAUACAAGGAUAUUUUUAAUCAACAUUAAAACUUUUGCAUUACAUUUGAUUCACUAGGUUAAGUGUUGUGGAAGAACUAUUGCAUCCUAACCUAUCCUUUCAGUAAAGACUCAUUUUAUUCCACUUGCUACAAUAUAUUUCUAAGGAUGAUAUGAUUCUGAUACUCAAUACCUCAUCAUAUUAAAGAUAUUCAAUGUCA